AUGGCAGCCAUAUGUCACGUUAACUGCCAUUCCAAAGGGCCACACACUCAUACUGUCAUUUUUCUCCACGAACGGGACAGUGAAGCUGAAGAGUUUGCGAGUGAAUUCUUCGAAAGUGAAGCAUCCAAGCCAGCGAACAAGCCAAGAACUCUGCUAGAUCUAUUCCCAACCAUCAGAUGGGUCUUCCCUAGCGCCCCCAUUCUUCAACCUCGACGAUUCGAUACAACCAUGUCUCAGUGGUUCGAUAUGUGGUCCGUGGAAGAUCCUGACAUGAAAAGUGAACUUCAACGGGACAGUCUUCAUGAAAGUGUAGCGUCCAUUCUGGAAGUUAUCAAGCAAGAAGAAGCAUUGCUGCCCCGAGAUAGGAUAUUUUUGGGCGGGAUCAGUCAAGGCUUUGCCACGGCUCUAUCAAUAUUCUUCGCUGGUGGACAGGGGCUCGGUGGUCUCAUAGGCCUAUGCAGCUGGAUGCCUUUAGGCAUUUCCACCCAGCACUGCACGAAUAAGUCAGGAGACAUCGAGGGUAUUUUCCAAGCAUUACAAAAGCUCUACACGAGCCAGCCUACUCGAUCUGUCGAUGCGGAUAGCAUGAGGAGCACCCCUAUUUUCCUUGGACUGCGAAAUGUUCUUCGGGUUUGCAUGCCUGUAGUCUAUUGGCACAAUUACGAGUCAGGUGGGCACUGUAUCAAUGAACCACAGGGACUUGACGAUAUCGUGGAGUUUCUCAACGCACGGAUACAAUCAGACGGAUAUAUCAAUUGA